AUGGCCCUGCUGGCCUUGUUGUUCGGUGCUUGUGCGCGGGGGGCAGCCGACGCAAGUGCUGGGGUCCCCUUGAACUUCAAGAUCGGGGAGCUUACCGAGGAGGAAUCCCAAUCAGAUGUGAUCCCGGGACAAUUCCGCUGUGCGGCCUGCAAGGCAGUGAUCUUUCAGAUACAGCGCAGAUUGGACAGAUUAAACUUGCAGCACCAAGCCAAACUGGAUAAAUCUGCACGUCGUGAACAAGCGGUGCGCGUUGCCGAGAUGCUGGAAGAAGCUUGUAGCGACGAGACGUACAAUGACUACGGCAUCAAGGAGCCAGCAAGAGGAGGAGGAGGCAAAGUCCUCAGUGGGCCUGGCAUCGAUACCAACGACGCAGGCGUCCUCCAGGGUGGUGGGAAGUGGCCCAAGCGAAUGGGAGGCUAUUGCCGAAGUCUGGUGGAGGAAGAAGACUUGCCGGCUCAUCUCGAAGGCAGCUUGGAGAGGCUUUGUGAGAGGGACUGUCUCGCGAAGAGCGGCGAAAAGCCUCCCAGAAAGCGGUCCAACAAGCCACGGCCGCGUCAGGCGACCCAAGCGACCUCUGCAGUGUCGAGCAAAGCCACGUCCGGCCUGGACGAGCUGCCACCACCGCCCCACGAGCACAAGGUGGUCACGGCUGAGAACAUGUCAGGCGUUAUCUCCCAGGGGAAGUUUCACAAGUUUGUCCUAGUCUUGUUCUUCGAUGCUUCUCAUCGAAGCGCACAUGCUGUUGCCAUCUGGGAAUAUGCUGCGCGCAUGUUGAAGAAGGCAAAAAGAAAGGAUCUUCGCAAAGCGGUCCUCGCCAGGUACGACUCAUCUAAUGGAGACACCUGGGGCUACAAUUUCCAAGGGCCUUUGCCAAGAGGUUUGCUGUACCGGAAAGGAUACCGCAACCCAAAGAAGUUCGACGGCAAGCUAGAUGGGCCGCAAGACUUGGUGGACUGGUUGACGCAGCAGUCUGCCAACUACAUGAAGAUGGUCAGCUUGUUGUGGCUCGGACCUGUGCGCGCCAGCAGAUGGUCGGAGCUCCAGGCAGGCGGCAGGCUGCAGCAUCUUGGGACACAGACCUUAGCAGAAGCCAAGCGGCUAGCGGAGCUAUUCUGGCGAUCGGGCAGCGUGUCCCGUCCGAGGGAGCAGCUUGCGCUGCAAGUACGGCUCGCAAGCUUUGAUCACGUGCCGUGUUCGCGACUGCACUGGGACGAUGUUCCUCUCCGCUUGUGUUGUCACUUUUUGAACUGGGUGUGGCAAAGGCUGGAUGCGAGGAGCUGCUUUCGUGCUGAUGCAUCAGAAGACUCCGACGCCGAAGCUGGAAUCUACGAGCGCUGUGUUCGUGGGUUGCCACAGUUUGAGAGCGAUGCUGAGAUGUCAGCCUGCCCUUUAUGUUCCGACGAGACGCAUGUCGGCCUCAUCCCCAGAAGUAAGAAAAACCCAGGCCUGCCAUCGCACAUCCAACAAGAAGUAGACAGGCGUCGCCAGCAUACGAAGCUCUUGCGUGAACAAAUCGCCAUGCUGGAACACGAGAGUGCCAUGUGGGAGCAAAAGUUGCACAUACUGGGCCGUCGAAGCCCCGGCACUUCACCCAAGAAUAAGAUCGUCCAACUGUUUCCGAAGGAGAAGGUCGGCAAACUGGAGCAAGAGCCUGCGGAACCCCCGGGAUCCCAAGGACAUGCUUUUGCCAUGUUGGCCUACGAGCCUGACAUCGCGACGCUUCUGGAGACUCCGAGCACCGCGCGCGAGGUCUUCGAGAAGAUGAAGCACCCCCGCGCCUUGCAACCGCUGAAGCCCAAGCCAAAAGUCGACAUGGCACAGGUGCCUUUGGAGCGGGAGUCCGGUGACUUGGGCUUGGGGCAAGCGAAGUUCGCUGAAAAGGAGGCUGCAGACGAUUGCCUCCAGGCAGACCAGCGCUUUCGCCAAGCAAGGCGCGAAGAGCUUCACAGAGGGCUGCAGAAUGAGCUUCAAGAAAUGCGGCUUUUGGAGGGCGAACGGCAAAAGCGGCGGGAGCAGAAGCGAGCAGAAUUACAGGACGAGCUGCAGGAGCAGCUUCAGCAGGAGAAGAAGGCGUGGCAGAUUCGCCAGGAAAAGCAAGAUCUCGAGCGGAAGGAGCGUCAGCAACGGCAAGAGGCAGCCCACAAGGAGCUCAUUCUCGUCGAGCUUGAGAGGCUGCGGGACAAGAUUUCACUGGGGCAGAAGUUCCAUGGACAGCAGGUGGCACAGCAAGUGGACGAGGCGCGACUGCAGGAGCUGCUGCAAAUAAAGUUGGAUAGCUUCGCCGAGGAAAUGCCAGUGGAUGGGCCCAAGAUCCUGACAGUCAAAUGCUUUGACUGGAACGAGUGGCUGUCCUCUGUACAGAAGUUUGUCGAGCUGACGCCACAAGCCUUGCAAGAGCUCGACGUAGUCUUCCCGGAGCCACGCGGGAACAGGACGAUCUCACUCCUGGAGGUCGAUACCGCUUGUCGUGGCGAGAGCAUGCAGCUUUCUGAGCAGCUUCGCGCAGGCCUAACCCAGUGGAUGCAAACAGAAGGAGGUCGACAGGCACAAAGGUUGGAGCUAACAUUGGACCAUUGGGUGGUCUUUUUUGGGAACUUGCUUAAUGGCAGGACACGGGACAAGGAGGCAGACGUCCUGACAUUGGAGGAGGCCUUUAAGGCCAUUGCCGGAGACGAAAGAGUGACUAUGCUUGGGCUUCAGAAGUCCCUGACAUCUCCACAUCUGCCCGAGCUGCACAAGCGGAUGUUAAACGUCUGGCUUCGGUCCGCGAUCAGCAAAAACCGUGCAGCUCUUGCCAUGCCUCCAAAAGCGGUUGGGCCUAAGCCCUGCGAGGCCCCUUGCAGUGAUGAUCCUGGUCAGUUUGCUGUCUCUUGCAAAUGCAAAGACCACGAGCAAGCACCACGCGAGGCCGUGAGUCAAGUCCGUGCAGAGGAGGAUGAGCAGAAACUGAAGGCAGAGCCAGUCAUGCAACCUGCAUCGGAAUCUGCAUCAGCUGACACAACAGCACCAGUGCCUGAAAAGAAGGCGAAGCCAGUCACGCAAGCUGAACCCGAAACAGCAUCAACUGAAAGAAGACUGGCUGAAAAGAAGGCGGAGCCAGUCAUGCAAGCUGCGCCUGACAGAACACCGCCAGUGCCUGACAAGAAGGCGGAGCCAGUCAUGCGAGCUGCGCCGGAAACUGCAUCAGCUGACAGAACACCGCAAGUGCACACGCAAGACACAGCACAGCCACCUGAAAAGUCAUAUUUGGCCAAUCUGAUGGCCCGGACGCAGGCGCAAGAUCGCCACCCGCAGCCGGUGUCAUCAGCAGAUCCGUCGGCUCAGGAAGUCAAGCAGGCGGCAAGUGGAGCAGAGGGCACCAAAGCGGCCGAGCCACCAAGCGCUGGCGCGGACAAGGCCAAGUCGACCCAGGAAGGCACCGGCCAAGUCACAGAAAAAAGAGGAGCUCCAGCUCCGAAACAACUCUCGCAAGUACAACCGAGUUCUCAGACCCUUGCUCACCCACUCGAGACCGAUACACAAGCGACCGACAUUGAUGCUGAGGGGACGAAGCCACCCACCGUCGAAGCUUCGCAGCCUUCAGAGUCUCAUCACAUAAAUGUGGUGAAGGAACAGCAAGCAGAAAAGCAAAAGGCGGACUCCGACAAGCAGACUGAGCAGGCAGCAAUUGAGGAGGAUGACAGCUUUGUGAAGGAGCAGUGGCUGGAAUGGUUUUUGAGCGCAGACCUUUCGCCCGAGGAAGAGAAGUUGCUGCGUGCAGCUUUGCAGUCCUCGAGCUCAAGCCUUCCACUUAGUGGCGAGGUGAUCCGAAAGGCUUUGAAGGCACAUGAGGCACGGGUUGCUCCAGCUGAGAAAGAACAAUUAAGGGAAUGGUCCCAAUGGGUCCUUGAGAUGGAUGCCACGGACUAG